GACCGAUGUUGAUAUUGUUUUAGCGUCGAACGUCGUCACAGCACUCGUCACAAAAUUUAGAGAUAUUGGGGCACUGACGUGCUUGAUAAAUUAUUUAAACUCCGUGCUCUGUUCGCAGAAUGUCGCGAAUUUGUUAUAUAAAAAGAUUUAUCCCUAAAAAUUUAUCAAUUGUGAAUUUAUAUGUUGGAAAGUAUUCACACAGUACAACUACGACAACGGCCGGAGUAGCGGAACCUACGGAAAAGCCUAAUGAAGAACCCAAAAGGCCUCAGUCUAAAAGAAUGGCCGAAUUUAGGAAAAAAUUGAGGGAGACGACUCCUAUUGAUGAUCUUGGAGAACAGCCAAUGAUGCAUCCGUCGCAGAAAGAAGACCCUUUGCCUCCAUGGCCCAAUGACACUAACCCUCAUACUGGGGAAGUAGGCGGACCCAGAGGACCGGAACCCACGAGAUAUGGCGAUUGGGAAAGAAAGGGGAGAUGUUCAGACUUCUAAAGUAUUAUUUGUCAUUAACUCUUAGUUUAGAUAGUAGAAAUUGCUUAAUGCAAUGUCAUUAAAUGACAUUGCUUAACAUGUUUGCGGACGCUACAAAUUGAGAUUGUGUACCAAAAUGACACAGUAAAUGUCCAUUCAAAUUAUACGACGUGUAUGUACGUAGCAUCCCAUCGUAGCGUAUCGUCCCAAGACAUCAUAACUCAACCGAGCGCGGUAUGCGCGCAGGACGUGUAUACACGUUGCGCGUUAAUUUCGAACAAUGACGUUUAAUCUCAUUCUGUCCGCGAAAGUGUUAACUAUGAAAUGUAUGGUACAUAAAAUAAUAUUUAUUGGAAUAUCAAUGAACCUACCUAUAAACUAAAUUAGGUAAUGCAUUAAGGUAGUCUGAAUAUUAUAUUUCACAAUGUUGUAUUAAUUAACAUAAUACUUUCAGGCAGCCAUUAGCCACUACUUGUAUGCAUAAAUUAUUGUGUGCAUGUACUCAUAGAACCUAUUCUGCUGAAUCCAUCGAAAAAAUUAUAUAGAUUAGGAUUAUUCAAAUUGUCUAGAAGCAGUUAAGAUAUCAAGCUUAGUAGUGAGUUUUAUUCACUAAAUUGUUUAAGAUAUUGUUGACUUUAUUUUUUAGAUUUUUGUUGUUAUUAUGCCUUGUUAUAAAACAAUGCUGUAAAGAUUUGUGAUUAAAUUAAAAGCAAUUUUGAAAAUUUA